GCUGGAGCUGGAGAGAGGAGGCGAUGAGCGGAAGCUGCAAUAAACACACAGGGCGUCUGCGCCUAUCUAAAUAGGACAAUAAAGUGAAAUAGGUAUCAAUGCUCUAACAAUGGAUUUGUCACCUCCGCUUCCACUCAAAGUUUUCCUCUUCGUUUACUUGCUGAACUACACUCAAGGACACUAUAGGAACCCUCUGAACAAGUAUAUCCGUCAUUAUGAAGGCCUGUCCUAUGACACAGAGCUCAUUCACAGCAAGCAUCAACGGGCCAAGAGAGCAAUCGCUCAUGAAGACAAGUUCCUUCAUUUAGAUUUUCAUGCCCACGGAAGGCAUUUCAGUUUACGGAUGAAAAGAGAUACAAACUUAUUUCCUCCAGAUCUGAAAAUAGAAGUUUCAGGAGAAGAGAUUCCGUAUGAUACAUCUCAUAUCUACACCGGAGAAAUCUACGGUGAGAAAGGCACCCUGACUCACGGCUCCGUUGUGGACGGUAAGUUUGAGGGCUUCAUCCAGAGCUACCACGGCACUUACUACGUGGAACCAGCCGAAAGAUACCUGGGGGACAAAGACGUGCCGUUUCACUCAGUCAUCUACCACGAAGAUGACAUACACUAUCCGCACAAGUACGGCCCAGAGGGAGGCUGCGCUGACAGCUCCGUGUUCGAGAGGAUGAGGAAGUAUCAGGUCUCUGCUACAGUGGAGCCAACCAAGGAGCUCCACACCGAAGCAGAGUCUGAAGGCCCCGUGUUGCUGAGGAAGAAGAGGAUGGCCCAGGUGGAGAAAAAUACCUGCCAGCUCUUUAUUCAGACUGACCAUCUUUUCUUCAAAUACUAUAAGACCAGAGAAGCUGUCAUAGCUCAGAUUUCCAGCCAUGUCAAAGCCAUUGAUGCGAUCUACCAGGGCACAGACUUCAUGGGCAUUCGUAACAUCAGCUUCAUGGUGAAACGGAUCAGGAUAAACACGACCAAUGACGAGAGAGACAGAUCCAACCCGUUCCGCUUCGCCAACAUCGGCGUGGAGAAGUUUCUGGAGCUGAACUCGGAGCAGAACCAUGAUGAUUACUGUCUGGCUUACGUUUUCACAGACAGGGAUUUUGAUGACGGCGUGUUGGGACUGGCCUGGGUGGGAGCUCCUUCAGGGAGCUCUGGGGGAAUCUGUGAAAAAAGCAAGCUGUACUCUGACGGAAAAAGGAAGUCUCUCAACACUGGUAUAAUCACGGUACAGAAUUAUGCCUCCCACGUACCUCCAAAAGUCUCUCAUAUCACUUUUGCACAUGAAGUAGGACACAACUUUGGCUCCCCGCAUGACUCCGGAGCCGAGUGCACCCCAGGAGAAUCCAAAAGCCAAGACAAGAAGGAGAAGGGCAAUUAUAUCAUGUAUGCGCGAGCCACAUCGGGAGACAAGCUCAACAAUAAUAAGUUCUCCUACUGUAGCAUUCGCAACAUCAGCCAGGUCCUGGAGAAGAAGAGAGGAAACUGUUUUGUUGAAUCUGGCCAGCCGAUCUGUGGGAACGGCCUGGUGGAGCCUGGAGAGGAGUGCGACUGCGGUUACAGCGACCAGUGCAGAGACCUGUGCUGCUACGACGCCAACCAGCCCGACAACAAGAAGUGCAAAUUAAAGCCCAACAAAGUCUGCAGCCCGAGUCAGGGUCCUUGUUGCACUCCCGAGUGCGGCUACAAGGGUCGCAACGAGAAGUGCAGGGAGGAGUCGGAGUGUGCUCACCAGGGCAUGUGCAGCGGGGGAAGCGCCCAGUGCCCGACCUCGGAGCCCAAAGCCAACUUCACCGCCUGCCACGGCGAAACUCAAGUCUGCCUCAACGGGGGCUGCUCCGGCUCCAUCUGCGAGAAGUACGGGCUUGAGGCGUGCACCUGCGCCAGCCAAGAUGGCAAGGAUGAGACCGAGCUCUGCCACGUGUGCUGCAUGGAGAAGAUGAACCCCAACACCUGCAGCAGCACGGGGUCGGAGCGUUUGGCUCGGUUCUUCAAUAAGAAAGUCACCACCCUGCCAGCGGGAUCGCCCUGCAACGAUUUCAAAGGUUACUGCGACGUGUUCAUGAAGUGUCGGCUGGUGGACGCGGACGGGCCGCUCGCCAGGCUAAAGAAGGCCAUCUUCAACCCAGAACUCUAUGAGAACAUUGCAGAGUGGAUUGUGGCUCACUGGUGGGCUGUGCUGCUAAUGGGCAUCGCUCUCAUCAUGCUCAUGGCGGGUUUUAUUAAGAUCUGCAGCGUUCACACACCCAGCAGUAACCCCAAGCUGCCUCCUCCCAAACCACUGCCAGGCACUUUGAAGAGGCGACGGGCGCAGCAGCACGCCAGCUCUCAGGUGCAGCACCAGUCGCAGCACCCCCACGGCGGCCACGGCGGCCAGCGACAAGCCCGGGGUCAGCCGCAGCGGCAGGCGCAGCCCCAGAGGCACCACCGUCAGCCCAGAGAGAACUAUCAGAUGGGCCAGAUGAGACGCUGAGACCCCGCUGCCCCUCCUUGCAACCCCCAAUGCCUUGGCUCCUCCUCGUGCCUACAGUGGGAAACAAAAGCGUCACUCCAUCCAAAGAAAAGCCUGACACGGUUGUUUGUCAUCGUCAUAUCCUCCGGUCUGCAUUCAACGCGCUCUACGCGGAAGAAGAGUAAAAACUUUGUCCAACAACUCAGCCGGCUCUUUGCGGAGUGGACUCGACCAUCAGCCAUCUCCAGUGCAUCGUUUUCCAUCUUUCUUUUUUCUUUUCAAUCCAAGGAGUGCCAAGGAGAGUUAAGAAUCAUGUGUAGCGUUAGUACAUCCUGUGACGUCUUUUUCUUUCUGUUGCGAUCUUCGAGUGACUCCCGGUGAAUCGUUCCGUGCUUCUUUUUCUUCCUCUUCUUUUUGUUUCUUUUCCCCCCUCAUCAUCCUGACCAGGAAUGAGAGAAACUCAGUGGGAAUUUGUGGCACUUUUUUUUUUUUCUUUUUCUGAUUUUUCAUGUCGAACAGCAAAAGAGACGGGCUCUGGUCUCCUCAUGCAGAUUAUCUUCUGCAUGUGACUGUAAAUAUUUAGUGUAUCAUAAGUGAAAACAAACUAUUUCUUCUACUGUAAAUGUGUAAUUCUUCACUACUUUUCUUUUUCUUUUCGGUUAGUGCUCUCAGGAUUCUUAACACACAAAUGAAGGAACGUUGAGGAUUUGACGCUCUUGAGUUGGAUCGCAUUCACUUUUAUUUGAUCACAAGAUUAUGAAGAUUUUCACUUUUCGUUUUUUUUUUUUUUUUUUUUGGUCUUGCUAACAUCAUGUUGUUUUUGCUCAUGCUGUGUAAGGAGAUGUAGCGUCAUGGGAACAAAUAUGAAGGAUCACAACACUAUUUGCUUCUGAUCAUCAUGAAGAGUGACUGAAAACAAAGGCUAGGAGUCUAGGAAUGAGUCGUGUUAGUUUACAUGAGUGUGGAAAUACAUUUUUUAAAAUGACUAAAAAAAAAUGUAAGAUUAAGUCAGUCUAUUAUUCUUCAGAUAGUGAAUCUCAGAACUUUUCCUUGUGGGCAUGCAGACACAUUUAUUACAUGUGGCUUUGAAUUGACAAAGGUCUGUAAUAUCUGUAAUUCACUCAGCACUAUUUUAUUUUGACGGCUGUGUAACGCAGGAAAGAGAAGUGUAAUGCAGUAGUGUUGCUCACUAACGUUCUCCUCGGUGCGUUCACUACUAAUCUGUUGGAAAAGCCACUUCCUGAUCCCCUAAAGAGCUCACCAUGCAGGAUGUUUACCGCAGAAAUCCACUCAGACAGCAGCAGGAAGGAAGGAAGUGUGAUUGGUUUGACCUCAGGUGUUUGCAAAACAAACCCUUUUUGUGAAUUUUAUUUAUUAGAUGACAAGAACUGUACCUGGUGAUGCAAUCAUGACUUCUUUUUUUAUUGUAAGAGCAUACAUUUUUAAAUUGACUGAAAUUCCUGAUUUUUUUCCUGUAGAUGUUUUUUCUGCUCUUGCACAAAACUCAACCUUAUAUGUCAGAUUAAAUGCCUGUUGCACAAUUUUUUUUUCUAAUAGUUUCACUGAAAUAAUGUUAAAACCUCAGCAAUGUUUUUUUUUCUCCUCAACAGUUUGCAGAGAGUCACCGGCAGCAACUCCUUCUGUCGGGUGAACAUGUUGUGUUCAGAGUCUUGCCGCCAUUUUAUCGGCUACAACUGUUAUCAGACAGAGAGCAAAAAUGAAUUUGCAAGCAGAAAACACAGCAGAGAGUUCAAGUCCCAUCCCAAUAGUGGAGGAACAGAAGAAACUUGCAUAAGCAACAUUAAAUCUGAUUGCUGAAAUGUACUGCAAAACCAACAUUUAACGACAUUUUUUGGCUCAAUUGUAAUGCAAAUAUCUUAGUGCACCUUAAACAAGACAAAACUAACUUAAAAUAAUUUUUAUCAAGAUGUAGAAGCUUGUUUGAAGUUAAUAAAUUAAUAAAAAUAUACUAGUUCCACAGAUAAUUCUCAUACACUGCAAAAACACAAAAUCUUACCAAGUUAUUUGGGCUAGUUUCUAGUGCAAAUAUCUUUAGUACACUUGAAAUAAGAUGAGCUAAUUUAAAAGCUAAUUUGUUUUGUUUUUUAGAAAGAUGGAUGCUUGUUUUAAGUGAAUACUUCCUUAAUUAUUCCUUAUCCACUGGCAGAUAAAUUAUAUAUAAAUGUCUUGUUAUAAGUAAAAUAACCUGUCAAUGGAACCAGAACUUUUUCAUCAAAAUUAAGGCAUUAUUCUCUUAAAACAAGCUAAAAAAGUUACUUUUAAGUUAGUUUGGCCAUUGCAAAAUGGAGCUCUCUUUCUUACUAUUUAAGAAUAGUAAGAUGUUUCCUCUAGAAACUAGACCAAAAAACUUGGUAAGAUUUUGUGAUUUUUGCAGUGUAUUUUUAGUGAAAAAAAUUUACCAGUGGCUCUUGCACCUUUUCUGUAAAUCAAUAUUAUGUUUCUUUUUUUUUUCCAAGUGUUUUAAGAUAUUUGUACUAGUCAUGACAAAAUAUACUUUAAAAUUUCUUUUUCUGUCAGCAUACUUCUCUUUGUUUGAAUUUGAGAUGAAUUUUGAGCAAGAACAGAACAAAAUCUGACUGAAAAUAAGGAAUUGAAAAUGCAUGUGCUCCCUUUUUCAUCAUUACUAUUAUUUUUCAGGGGGAAAAUCCCCAAUAAUGUUGCUUAAGUGUAAAAUAUCAUGAAUGCCUCUACAAGAAGACACAUCCCAGAUUUUGUAUUUCAUUGCACAUGAGCUCUGGUUUUAUUUUUAAGUGCAUGCAACACUAAUCAAAACUAGUGCGACUUUUUGUCCUCGUCCCAGUGAGCUCUGUAGGGGAGCGGUCCACGUAAACGACCAACACGCGUCGUUUUCUGCAAGGAAGCGGAUGAAUUCGACAGCGUGGCGGUUGCUAUUACUCCUCAUCUCUGUACAAAAUGGAGCUCUCUUUUUAAAUCUCAUCUCACCUGUCAGGCCAGAAGAAUUUACCUGUAAACUUGUACAGUACUUGGAGGAAGAAAAAAAAAUAAAACAAAAAAGUUAGCAUUUUAAUUUGAAAAUGAAAAGUACAUUUUGAUACAUCUAUUUCUUUUUUUUCUAAAUUCAGAGUAACUUGUUAAAAAUGUUCAUAUGUGACAAAUUUUCCUCUCUUCUAAGUUAUUUAUGUUCUUCUUUGUGCAAGUAGAACUGGAAUUUGCUUAUGCUUUUUACCACUGUCAUCAACGGAGGAAAAAACUAUCCAGUGAUGGAGUUAAUGUUACAUUCCCAUUAUGAUUUUUUUUCUGUUUUUUAUUUUUCAUUUGAUUAUCCUGGGGCAUGGUUCGGGUAGACGAGCAGAAGUUAAAAAAAAUGCCUGUAAAUUUACUUUUCUUUUUAAUUUCGUAGUCUUGGUAAAAGUUUUUAGAUAAACGUGCACUGAAAAUGUCCAAAUUGAGUUGAAAUGUCGUAGGUGAUGUAGGCCGUAAGAACACAUGAUUAAAGCGUAAAAACUACUGUCUGAUUUUAAUGUUCACUGUGUUUUAUACAGUAUUCGAAAUUUUUGUUCACUUUGAACAUUUUUACUAAAAAAAGAAAAUAAAAAUUUGAAAUUGUAUUGUGCAAAGAGAUGUAAUUUUUGAAGUACUUGAAAUGCAUUAAUUAAAAGACUCAUUCAAAAUAAAAUAGACCUCUGUUUACUGUC